AGGAGGAUGUCCAGCGUCAUUUGGCACGAGAGGCGAGCAACAAACUCUUCGGUGGAAGCCAGAGCCCUCGCGUCUCGCGAGUAGCACUGGCGCAGUCUGUCAGGAGUGGUACGCCUUUGUCGACCAGCCAUGAUGCACCAGAAGCACUAGGCCGCGAGGACACUUUGGAGCGCGCUCACCGGGAGAUGCUCAUGGGCAACGGCCCACGACCAGAUCUCGAGUCGACUCGACCGGAGGCACCUCCAGUGGCAACACAUAGCACUUCAUCUUCUCCAUCCAGAACCGUCCAAGGUUCAACCUCUUCUCCCUCCAGGCCCCGAGGCGCCGCCGCGGCCGCGAGUCCGGGUGGCUCGCCCUUCUUUGUGGAGCCGAACCAGGACAGCAGUACGACCACGGUAAGCACCAAAAGGCAGGAGGAUGAGGCGCAGCGCGAAGAACCUGAGGUACAGCACAGCUCGCAGCCACGAAACGCCCGGGAGCCAUCUUCGCCCACACGGUUACCCAAGGAAAUCCUGCGGAAGCGGAAAGGCCCCUCACUCCGGUCCUCCCGCAACUCCUCCUUCGUGAUGCGGCAUCAACGUAGCUCCGUGUCUGAGAUGAGCGAAGACGAAGCCAUGUCUCCGGCUUCGGGAGCCCUUCCGGCAGCGCUUGCCAGUGGGCCUGGCCUCACGAAGCUCAUCGAGGACACAGUGGCGGACUACGUGAGAAGCAAAGACUUCAUAAGUUUCAUCAACCAGCAAUGUGACCUGCCCUUCGUGCACCAGUGCAUCCAGCGGCUCAGCGAAAUGGUCCCCGACCUCCAGGCGCAGCAGUCUGAGAUGCAAAAGGAGUUGCACCAAGUCGACGAGGACCUUCAAAGUUCCAAGGCGACGUUGCACAGGUCCUUGGAGCUUCGGGCGACGGAAGAGACCACGGCGCAGCUGGCCAAGCGCGUGACGAAGAAUGAGAAGUUCUCGGAGCAAGGCAUCGAUGCCAUCCUUCAGUCCGUGGAAGGCCGUGUCUUGGAGUUCCUGAGUGAAGGAGAGGCUGAACGCGCACGGCUCUGGCACCAGAUGUCCGUUCUUUUCCCCCGCUUCAUCCAGGAGGGCAACGAGAAAAAACCCAUGAGUGUCAGCGAGGCCCGGGCCUAUGCCUUGGACGUGCGCUUGGAUUCCCUCGAGGACUUCGUCGUCCGACGCAGUGGGACACCGCGGAGAUCCCGGAGCUUUCCAGCUGCUGCAGGCCGCAACCUCGCCGAUGUCGCGGAGGUCACGGACGGCGCGUUGGUCGAGGACGGUCAUGAGGAAGCGGAGGCGGCGGACGAGGACGUGGGGCGCUCGAGCGGAUCCAGGAGCUUUGGUUUCGAACGGUUCUCUUUUGCUCCGGAGGCUUUCAAGGCGACGCCUGGCUCUCACUUGCAUGAGAUCUUGGAGCGCUUGAAGGAGCAGCUCGCCUCUGGAGCGCCUUCGCAAGCCGCUGCAGAACUGCUGGCUGAAGAUGCGGUGCACGUGGGCACCGCCUCUGCGCCACCCAGCUUGCUGCGGAGGUCCAAGCUGGAGAACCACACGAAGAGCUUGUCCGUGACCUUUGAAGAGCCCAACCAGCUGAAGGAAGCUGCGACGGGAGCUGCGACGGAGCGCAUGGAGGUCAGUCCGUCUCCGCGACCUUCGGGGUUUCAAGGUCUUUCGGAGGGAGGAGGCAGCCGAUCUGGGGAAAAGCCCGAUCCGCCGGAGGUGGACUGCUUCAUCUAUGAGCCACCAGAGGCACCGCCUCAACUGGUUCAGGUGGAUAGCCCCAGGUCAUCCGGAACAACCCUGGGACCUCGCGUGCAGAGGUCGCUGGCGGUGACGUCGGGCCAGCUGGCCCAAGCGGAGGGAGAUGUGAGGACGGUGGAUGAAGCCCUCUCAGAUGUAUUGGAAGGCUCAAGGACACAGGACCUUGGAGAGGUGCAGUUGAUCCGCGCCUUAAAUCCACGGAGCCCGAACAUGUGGCUCAUCGGCGACGCCGCGGCGGGGCGCGUGAUCGGACGACGCUCCGAGGAGGUGCCCUCUCGGAGGAGGACCAGGACGGAGCGAGUGCCGCAAGCGCCUUCGCCGAAUACAUCCAGGUAGUCCGAGAUGCCUGGCACUUGGUGCCUGAGCGACGGCGGGCCGAGAGUCCUCCUUAGCGUGAAGGCGCGCGAGUGGCCGGUUGGGUACAGUCUGAACGACUCUCUGGUGACAGCCCAACCGGGGGCAC